AUGUGGCGUCAUUGAUAAGUACCUCUGUAACCGUCUAUCUUCCGCCUACCAUCCAGGCGAACACAGUGUAAAUCGCUCUUUGGAUUUCCCCCCACAAAAACCUCUUCUGGCCGUCACCGCGGGCCGAGCCGACGCUGUUCUGAGAGUCUUUUUUAUCUCUCCUCAGACUGACCUAUAUCCAGUUUUCCAAAUGACUGACGGGGAGUGCGACUUCUUCUGCUUCUUCCGCUGCUGCUGAGCGCGCUUUUCACGCGCCUCAGACAGACAAGAAGGCAGAGUGUCUCUGAGGAGUGACGCAAGCAGGUGGAAAGGAGGGGCGGGGCUUCAAACAAGCCAUUUCAGCCAAUCGGACCACUAGGAUCCGACAGGUAGGCGGGCCGUCUACCUGUCCGGGUGACUGAUUAAGUCGACUGGAUGUCUGUGGACAUGAACAGCCAGGCUUCGGACAGCAACGAGGAAGACUUCGGGGUGAACUCUGAAGAAGAGGAGGAUGAGGAUGAUGGAGGAGAGGAGGAGGACCAGGGUGACAUUGCAGCCUACUAUGAGGGUGUGGCCAGCGACGUGGAGCAACAGGGCGCCGACUCCUUUGACCCAGAGGAGUACCAAUUCACCUGUCUGACCUACAAAGAGAGUCAAAGGGUGCUGACAGAGGAGGUGAACACUGUGGCUGCUGCACUGAAGGUUUUACCAGCGGUAGCAAAACUGAUCCUGGUGCAUUUUCACUGGCAGGUUUCACAAAUACUGGACAGAUAUAAGUCCAACUCAUCUCUGCUGUUGUCAGACGCUUUGGUCCAGCCGAGCAGCACCUGCAGAUCAGUCACUGCCCCUCAGUCCCUCCAGUGUGGUGUGUGUCUACAGGUCGUACGGAGAGACUCCCUGCUGGCGCUGCCCUGUCAGCACUCCUUCUGCAAAGCAUGCUGGGAGCAGCACUGCACUGUACUGGUCAAAGAUGGCAUGGGAGUGGGUAUCUCGUGUAUGGCUCAGGACUGUUCCCUGCAGAUGCCUGAAGACUUUGUCCUGCCGCUGCUGCCAUUGGAGGAGCUGAAGGACAAAUACAGACGCUACCUCUUCAGAGACUACGUUGAGAGUCACUUCCAGUUGCAGUUGUGUCCGGGUGCAGACUGUCCCAUUGUCAUCAAGGUGCAGGAGCCCCGGGCGCGCAGGGUGCAGUGUAGCCGCUGCAGUGAAGUCUUCUGUUUUAAAUGCCGUCAGAUGUACCAUGCUCCCACAGACUGUGCAACAAUCCGAAAAUGGCUGACCAAAUGUGCCGAUGACUCGGAGACGGCAAACUACAUCAGUGCACACACUAAAGAUUGUCCUAAGUGCAAUAUCUGCAUUGAGAAGAACGGAGGGUGCAAUCACAUGCAAUGCUCCAAGUGUAAACACGACUUCUGCUGGAUGUGUCUUGGUGACUGGAAGACUCAUGGCAGCGAAUACUAUGAGUGCAGCCGCUACAAAGAAAACCCUGAUAUAGUCAACCAGAGCCAGCAGGCUCAGGCCAGAGAGGCCCUCAAGAAAUACCUCUUCUACUUUGAGAGGUGGGAGAAUCAUAACAAGUCUCUGCAGUUGGAGGCUCAGACUUACCAGAGGAUCCAGGAGAAGAUCCAGGAGAGAGUGAUGAACAACCUGGGAACCUGGAUCGACUGGCAGUACCUACAUAACGCUGCAAAGCUACUGGCUAAGUGUCGCUACACACUGCAGUAUACGUACCCCUACGCCUAUUACAUGGAGUCCGGCCCACGCAAGAAACUGUUUGAGUACCAGCAGGCCCAGCUGGAAGCAGAGAUAGAAAACCUGUCAUGGAAGGUGGAGCGAGCCGACAGCUACGAGCGAGGAGUGGUGGGAGGCGAGGGGGAGCUCAGCGCCAGUGACAGAGGGGAUCUGGAGAAUCAGAUGCACAUUGCUGAGCAGAGGCGACGCACGCUGCUGAAGGAUUUCCACGACACCUGAAGCUCCAUCGCGACUGCAAAGCACCAGCAUCUCCAUCCUUACUUCCCUCCUCUCUUCCUUGCCUCCUACUUUUUUGCUUUUCUCCAUGACCAUCCCUCAGCACAGUCGUACUGAUCCCUCCUUUUGGCUUCUCUACACUCACUCAUUUGCUUCUUUUCUUUCCCUCCUCUCACUCCCAUUAUGCUGCAGGGUCACAGAAUGGCACGAUUGUAUCUCUCCUUCCUCUUCUCAUCCUCUCCCUCACCUCAUUUACAUGUUUUGGCUUCAGAGCACCACUGUGGUUACACUUGUUGCAAGAGUCUGAGAACAGUGGGGAUGCUUUUAUUUCACAACGAGCAUUUAGACACUGACAUGAGCAGCUAAAAGCAAUAUGUUGCCUGUUGAACAGAGUGUGAGUGAGAGCUGUUAUUCUCCAGCACAGCACUAGGAAAGGUAAAACUACUAAAGAUGGAGAAGGUUUUGUUAUUAAGCAGAUGAGGAAGAUGUGGAAGAAGGAUCAUUUUUUUCUUUAAAGAGACAGUGCUGAUUGUGGAUCUGCAUUUGGUGGUUU